AUGUCCCCAACCUCUGGAGCCUUUAUAGACGGGAAACCGGUCUCUUUCCGGCUAUCAAACGAGACCAUCGAAUACGAGUUUUUGGAGGCCAAGCAAACGUCAUCUUUGCCGUUGAACAGCAUAAUCACGACGCUCCAGAGUAUCGGAAAGAGUGACGAUUUCACUAGGAUUCUAUUUCUCGACUAUGACAGCCAGAAGGAGGAGGCUAAACUGAGAACUUUCGAAGGCUCGGGAUUACCAGUUUCGCUGCGAAAUCGAAACCCGUUUAUUCUGCCUGCCCAUCUCAAAGUGCCACCAAAUGGCACUUCCAAUGUGCAUGUGGUUAUAUCCACCCAUUCAGGGACUCGUGCAGCCCCCUCGUUCUUCAAGGGUGCGCUGCAGCCUCUGCUCUCAGAGAUAGGUGUUGCGGAUUACCAUAUCCAUACAACUGAAUCGGAACAUACGAUUAUCGAGCUAAGCAAGUCGAUAUUUUUACCUAGAGCACAAGCCGGAAUAAGGCAAACGAUUAUCCUACUGUCCGGCGAUGGCGGAUUGGUCGAUAUCAUCAAAGUGUUUUCAGCCCAGGAUGAACAUGGACGCAGCGAUGAGAAUCAGUUUGAGGCGCCCAGCGUGUCGCUCAUUCCCAUGGGGACGGGGAAUGCCACGGCGAAUUCUACGGGACUGGUAAGAGAUGCUACAUGGGGUCUGUCUACGCUGUUACGGGGGGAGCCGCGGAGACUACCAUUAUUUCGGGCGGCUUUGUCCCCUGGAGCGGUAUAUGUCACUGAUGAGGGGAGGCGAAGAGAGCCCAUACUACACGGAGCCGGAUCCAUAGCGGAGGUUUACGGGGCGGUUGUGUUGAGUUGGGGCAUGCACGCAUCGCUGGUAGCAGACAGUGACACCAAUGAGUAUCGCAAGUUCGGUGCACAGCGGUUUCAAAUGGCUGCCAAAGAACUACUACACCCAUCUGAUGGCAGUCCGACGCAUCAAUAUUGCGGGCGGGUGAGGCUCAUCAAGAUUGAUCCCGUAUCCGGAGUGGAGAAGGAAGAGCUGGUUAAGAGAAGCAAGCAUAUGUAUGUUCUCACGACACUGAUGUCUCAACUGGAGAAAGGGUUCACUAUCUCCCCGGCAUCAAACCCGCUAGAUGGACAGCUGCGGAUCGUCCAUUUUGGGCCGCUAGACCCGGAUGAUGCAAUGAACUUGAUGACCAAAGCGUACCAAGGCGGACAGCAUGUGGAGGAAGACGCUGUGGGGUAUGAAGCGGUUGAGGGAGUGAGGAUUCGGUUUGACGAGGAGGAGGAACGGUGGAGGCGGGUUUGCGUGGAUGGAAAGAUUGUUGCGGUAGAGCGGGGCGGAUGGCUAGAGAUUAGAGGGGAAAGGUCAAGACGGCCCGGUGGUAUUUCAGAUACAGGUCGUUCAAUGCUCGUUACUCCCCGUACCUACCAGCUCUCCCAAACCCCGAACAAAGGGCUGUCUCUGAGCCUAGAGAAUUAUCCUACUUUUCGUACCUUGCGCGGGUGGAGCAUUCCGCCCGAGGAAAUUAGACGGGCAGCGGAGAUGCUUUUGAUCCAUCAGGUCGGGAGCGUUCAUAUUGGGGAAGUUGUUCGGUACACUCUUACAUAUACUCCUUCCGCAGAUCGGAUAUUACCUCACCCUACGGAAUUAUAUGUUAAGAUUAGAAACACCUCGGCGAUUGCAUUGCGCGCCGCCUAUCUUCAUGGGCCGUAUACCAUCCACACAGCCUGUUACCCUUCCACGUUCGACCCCAAUAGCAAAACCAACGACCAUAAAACCGAAGGAAUCCCGCAGUUUGAACCCCAUGUACAACCGGGAGCAGCUUGGGAUGCGGUGAUUCUUGUGCCGGAGCGUGUUCGGGAUGGAGCUUCUGGCUCAUCGACCCAGGAGGGUGUCAGCUGGAUUAUCGAAAUUUCCUCCCAAAUCGUGUUUUCGAAUACGGCCAGCGUGAAUUAUGAAGUUCUUGUCGGUCGAGACGCUAAAUCUACCGAAUUAGGAGCGGCUAGUAUUGCCGAUUUGCCUGCGCCGGGGAGUCUGCGCGACUUCAAGCGGAGUAUGAAAGAGCGGCGAAAGGGUCAUGUGGAACCGGUUAAAGGUGUAUACUCCGAAUCUGUGAAAUUGGUGGUUCAUGAUACGGCGGCUUUGUGGACUUCUCCGCGGUUUCCUUCCUGGGAAGACAAAGACGGCCUCAAAGAAUUGGACGCCGAGCAUACCGAGAAUGCAAAUCUAAACUCCGCUCACGAGGGACCGCGACGUCAGUCCGACGCACCUAGGAAGGACAGAAAGCGCAAGAAGGUCCAUUUUGUUGUUUUAACUCACGGACUCCAUAGCAACCUUGGUGCGGACAUGCUCUACAUGAAGGAAAGUAUAGAUGCAGCCUCUAGGCAAGCUCGCCACGACCGGAAAAAGGCGAGAGAGGAACGCAAAAAGAACAUGGCAUCUUCGGCGAAUGCACCUCUGGAAGAAAGUGACAGCGACGAUGAGGAAGAGGUUAUCGUUAGGGGUUUCCCUGGUAACUCCGGACGGACAGAAAGAGGAAUACAGUAUCUCGGAAAGCGGCUGGCCAAAUACGUCUUGUUGAUGACAUACCCUGAUCAGCCGUAUCUUCCCAUCAAGAAUACACGGAAGAUGUCUCUUGGGCAUACGCUUGGUCUUCAAAAAGGCCUGGAUAGCCCAAAAAUCCAUGCGUCUCAUUCGGGAAGUACCAUUUAUCGUCGAGAACCCGAACACAAGGAUUAUGCAUACCAAAUAACGAGCAUAAGCUUUAUUGGUCACUCGUUGGGUGGCCUUGUUCAGACCUACGCCAUCGCGUAUAUCCAAAAGCAUUCUCCUGAAUUUUUCGACUUUAUAAAACCGGUGAAUUUCGUUGCCCUAGCUUCGCCUUUCCUUGGUCUUAGUAACGAGAACCCGAUCUAUAUCAAACUGGCCUUCGAUUUUGGUCUCGUUGGCCGGACGGGCCAGGAUCUUGGGUUGUCCUGGAGCGCUCCGUCCAAAAUGCGGAGUGGGUGGGAAGCCAUGAUCGGCGGUCUGGGAACGGAUGCAAAUAAAUCUGAGCGCAAUCCAGAUCCUGGAGCCAAACCCUUGCUGAGGAUUUUGCCUAGCGGACCUGCUCAUCAGGUACUGAAGAAGUUCAAGAAUCGUACUCUCUAUUGCAACGUUGUGAACGAUGGGAUCGUUCCUUUACGCACGUCUUGUCUACUAUUUCUGGAUUGGAGGGGCCUAGAGAGGGUGGAAAAGGCCAGACGAGAGAACGGACUGGUGGGAACUGUGGCAGAAUGGAGUUGGGCUGCCCUUACCGGUGCUUCCUCGAGUCAGUUGCGUGCAGGUCGCGCUGCUCCGGUUCCUGCAAUUCAGCGUGGCCGGGAGGAAGCCAGCAAGAGUCCCACAUGUCAGAUAGAAUCGGAUUCUGAUAAUAACCGCUUGGACACUACUCCUGAACUUCCCGCACCGAGCCAGUUUCUAACUCAACACGGAGAAAGCGAAACGCCUUCACAAACUAAACCCAACAGGUCAACGCCCAAUUCGCCCAACCCAUUUACUGCAUUGAUGACCUUCUUCAAGUUCCAAAAGAACUCCAAAGAGAGCAAGGCGGCCAAAAUUUAUAAACGAAGCCAGACCAUCAGGGCGCUUCCGCCAGAAGAAACCUCUGAAGGGAGCUCGUCCACAGCCACGCAGCCACGCCAACAUGGUCGGGCCCGCGGGGAUUCGCUGUAUGAUGAAGGUGGACUUUACACUCCGCCAAAGACGACUCUCUUUGAGGCAGCUGGCGACGUGAUAAGUCCUCCAUUACCAUCCUUGGAAUAUCUACUUGAUCCAUCAUCUCGACCAAGAACAAUCUUCCAUGAUCGCGUGUAUCACCCCAAUGAUAUACCUCCUCCACCACCUGUGAAACCUCGUUCUAUCUUCCGGGUUCCAAGUUACAAUGGUAAUGUCAAUGGUAGUCCCAAUGGUGAUAGACCAUCCCAGAGCGGAAGCAGUGUACCCUCGCAGCAAACGAUGCAAGGAUCCUUUCCCGGGGUAAGUAGUGGAAUGAAAGUUGAAGAGAAGAUAGCAAGAGCGUACCAUCGUGAGGUGACCUGGCGCAAAGUUCUAGUGCGAUUAGAACCUGACGCGCAUAAUAAUAUCAUCGUGCGGCGCAUGUUUGCGAAUGCGUAUGGCUGGCCUGUCGUUAAACAUUUGGUUGACACACACUUCGCCUACACCCGUACAGCUACCACGGCCGACGAAAAGGCCCAAGAUGAAGAACGAGCGCUGCCACUUGACAAACCAAGUCAGGUCCCAUCUCCAACUUCAUUCUCUGAACGCCACCUGCGGACUGAGAGCAACAACCUUACAACCGUCAAUAGCGAAGAACACGACACUGUCCCUGAAAUGCUUGCCCCUUCGCGACUAAACAGUCCAAGACUGUGCGCCAGCCCCGUUCCUUUGGAUGGGAGCGAAGAAGUAUCCCAGCGGCCACCUCUUGGCUCUAGGGCUUCUUCCCUACACUCGAAGUUAUCGAGAGAUAGCUCGGCGCAAUGGACGGACAGAUAUUUGGAAGAUGGUGACGAUGACGACUAUUCAGACGAGGCUGACGGAUAUGAUGGGCUAAGGGAAAACCCGAGAAGGAGUUUGAGUGCUACCAGAAGCGACGUCGGGGCUCCUCGAAAUAUCCCAAGUUCUGUGGUCACAGCCCAAAGUGGUGAAGAUGUGACGCAGUCUGGUUGA